AUGCAGAAUAUCGCUAGUUUCUUUGCUAAAUGUAAUCCUCAUCCUCCUAGUCAACAAAAUUCUUCUCCAAAUGAACAAAUUUCCACUCCACAUCAUACUAGUGAACAACAUACCUCUCCCACACACAGUUCACCUCAAAUUUCCCCUCAAAGAUCACCUCAUAAUUCCACUCACAACUCCCCUCAAAAUUCCACUCACAACUCCCCUCAAAAUGAAGUGGAACACUCUAGUCCUCUUAAUGCUUCGGGAGAUGGUGUUAGAUUAAGUGAAAAUGAUCUUGCCAAUCUUCCUCACGACCCGGGAUUGAGAAAAAAGAUGAGUGAUUUCCAUCCUGAUGAUAGAGACUUAGUGAGGAUAACUUACAUUCAAAAAGGGCCAUGCCAACCUAAAAACCAUGAUGAAAAUGCAUUUGGAGGUGAUGCAUUUGUUACUGAUGGUUUUCGAUCUUGGAAUAGAUUAGACAUACUAAAAGCUCAUGUUGGUAAGCACAUGAGUGCUCACAACAAUGCCGUGUUAGCUAUAGAUUUGUUCAAGAAACAAAAGUCAAGCAUCACCACUGCAUUUUCAAAACAAAGCAAGGAGUCUAUGAGUAACUAUAGGAAGCGAUUGGAAGCAUCAAUUAUUUCUGUACAAUGGCUUUUAGUUGGAGCAUUGCCUUUUCGAGCUCACGAUGAAAAAGAAACUUCUUCAAACAGAGGUAAUUUUCUCAGACUUUUGACUCUUGUUUCAGAACUACAUCCUGAUUAUUCAAAAGUUUGUUUGAAAAAUGCUCCUGGUAAUUGUCAACUUACUUCUCCGGUUGUUCAAAAAGACAUCAUAAAUGCAUGUGCAAAAGAAACUACUAAAGCAACACUUGAAGAUCUUAAUGGUGGUUUUUUUGCUAUUCUUGCUGAUGAGUCGGCUGAUAUUUAUGAUAAGGAACAAAUGGCUCUUUGUUUGAGAUAUGUAAAUAAAAAAGGAGAAGUGUGUGAACGUUUACUUGGUAUUGUGCAUGUUGGGGAUACAACUUCUUUAACUCUUAAGGCUGCUAUUGAGUCAUUAUUAAUUCAACAUUCUUUGUCUUUCUCUCAAUUGACUCAAGUUGCACUUGCUAGAAAGAAUCCUGAUUGUGCUUGGCUCUUUAGUGACAUGCUUGCUCCUCUCUUGAAUUUUUUGGGUUGCUCACCAAAGAGGAAAGAAUUUCUUUGUGAAAAACAAGCUCAAGCAGUUGUUGAUGCAUUAUCCCUAGGUGAACUUGAAACGGGUUCGGGUUUAAAUCAAGAACGGGGGUUAGGAAGACCUUGUGACACCCGUUGGGGUUCCCACUUUAAAACACUUGUAAAUGUUCUUGAUAUAUUUCCUUCAAUCCUUGGCUCACUUGAUGACAUUGCUAAAGCUGCCGAAGCAAAAUCUAUGGCAUAUUAUUUUAACAAAGCACAAAGUAUUAUUGGUUGGUUAAUGACUUUUGAUUUUGUGUUUGUGGCUCACUUAAUGGUUACUAUAUUUGCAAUUACAAAUGAGUUGAAUGUGGCUUUACAAAAACAUGAUCAAGAUAUUGUUAAUGCAAUGGCCAUGGUUAACGUAACCAAGGCUAAUUUGCAAGAGUUGAGAGAUGAAAGAUGGGAUUCCUUUAUGGAAAAGAUCUUGUCUUUCACAACCAAAUAUGAGAUUGAGGUUCCAGAUAUGAAUGCGACAUAUGUUGUUCCCGGGAGAAGGAUGUUUAGAGAUCGAGAUGAUGAAAGGUUUUGGAAUUUGAAGAGUCGUAGUGAAUUGUCAAAGAAACUCGUUGAGACGGGAUUGUCCGAAACUCAUAGUAGAGUAUACUUGCUUUUGAAGUUGGUGUUGGUUCUCCCCAUUGCAACGGCAAGUGUUGAAAGAGUGUUUUCUGGUAUGACGAUCGUGAAAGAUAAAUUGCGUAAUAGCAUGGGAGAUCAAAUGUUGAAUGAUUGUUUGAUUACUUUUCUAGAAAGUGAUUUGUUUUCGAAUGUUAAAAUAGAUCACAUUAUUGAUCGAUAUCAAAAUAUGAAAACUCGUCGUGAACAAUUGUAA